CGGCCCAAGGGGCGGGCGCCGGGGGCUGGGCGGGGUUCCUCGCCGCCUCUCACGGUGACAGGGGGAGGAGCCGGGUGCGACAGCCGGGGUCGUACGGGACCGAGCGCGGAGGGUCUGCGGCCGGGGAGUAGCCGUAGAGUGGGCCCCAGUGGCGCCGCAGCCCCCGGGAAGGGCAGCCCCGGUGUUGGGCUCCUGCGCUCGCGGGUUCCUCAGCCGUGACCGGGGCUGGGCUCGGGGCUGGGUGGGUUUCACAGACCGCCCGUGUCACCAUGCUCCUGGAAGAGGUCCUCGCUGGCGACCGGCUGAGCGGCGCAGCGGCCCGAGGCGACGUGCAGGAGGUGCGCCGCCUUCUGCACCGGGAGCUGGUGCAUCCUGACGCUCUGAACCGUUUCGGCAAGACAGCCUUGCAGGUCAUGAUGUUUGGAAGUCCAGCAGUUGCUCUUGAACUCCUGAAGCAAGGCGCUAGCCCCAAUGUCCAAGAUGCCUCUGGUACCAGUCCAGUGCAUGAUGCAGCCCGCACUGGGUUCCUGGACACCUUGAAGGUCCUGGUGGAGCAUGGUGCUGAUGUCAACGUCCUGGACAGCACCGGCUCGCUCCCCAUCCACCUGGCGAUCCGAGAGGGCCAUAGCUCCGUGGUCAGCUUCCUAGCUGCUGAAUCUGACCUCUAUCACAGGGACGCUUCGGGUCUCACCCCCCUGGAGUUGGCCCGGCAGAGAGGGGAUCAGAACCUCAUGGACAUCCUGCAGGGGCACAUGGUGAUCCCACUGUGACCCAGGGCCACUGUCUCCAGCCAGUCUCACUGGGUUACAAGUCACCAACAGAGGAAAGAAACUUUCGCUCCACACUCCCGUCCAUUGAAGAAGGGAGUGGGAGGAGCAGUUUGUGGUUUAUUGGUGUUGAUUUCUUGAGUGAGUGUGUUUGGGGGACGUUUCUCAUUUGUUUUUCUCACCCCAGUCGGUGUGUUGGACAGAGAAGGGGCUCCGACAGGCGACAGCCACCUAAACGGUUCAGUUUUCCCCGCACCCGGCUGCAGAGACCUCAGGGCAGAGGUUUAAAACCCUAGCCUCAGAGUGAGGUCAUCACCUCCUGGGCUCCUGGAAGCUGGUGACCUUGGCAGGCUGUGCUUAGAGAGCCCUGAAGUGUGAGCCACCUACUUUGGGCAUGGGAGGGGGAGGGCAAACAUUUCGAAUCAGUUAAAAGGAUAGCGUGAGUUGAUUUUUUUUUUUUUCUUGGAAGCUUGUUUUCCAGUCUGUUGUACAGAGUUUGAAAUAUAUGUAUUUAUUGCUUUA